GCGCCUCGAAUCCGAGCGACCCGCGGCCGCCGGCGCCCGCCGAGGGCGAUGGGGCUGGGCUGAGGCGAGGCGACGGCGGCGACAGCAGCGGGCCCGGGCCCCGGCCCCCCGCGGUCCCUCGGCUGCUCCGGCCCAGAGGCCGCCGAGGAGACGGCGCAGCGGCGGCGGAUCUGACAGAAACAUCCUUGGAUCUUGGUGUCUGGACAUAGGAGUAGUCUUCAACUGUUCUGAAGCACAGGACCUAUCAGACCACUGUAGAUAUGGACAAAGAAGAAAGGAAGACUAUCAACCAGGGUCAAGAAGAUGAAAUGGAGAUUUAUGGCUAUAAUUUGUGUCGCUGGAAGCUUGCCAUAGUUUCUCUAGGAGUGGUUUGCACUGGUGGCUUUCUUCUCCUCCUCCUCUACUGGAUGCCUGAAUGGCGGGUGAAGGCAACCUGUAUUAGAGCUGCGGUUAGAGACUGUGAAGUGGUGCUGCUGAGGACUACUGAUGAAUUCAGAAUGUGGUUUUGUGCAAAAAUUCGCUUUCUUUCUCUGGAAACUCACCCAUUUUUGAACCCCAAAUCUAUGACUAAUAAAGUUGCAAAUGGCCAUGCUGUUCAUCUAACUGAAAAUUUGGCUGAAGAGAAUAGGCAUGAGAUGAAUAAAUAUUCACAGACUCAACCACAGCAGGUCCGUUAUUUCACCCACCACAGUGUAAAAUACUUCUGGAAUGAUACCCUUCACAAUUUUGAUUUUUUAAAGGGACUGGAUGAAGGUGUUUCUUGUACGUCAAUUUAUGAAAAGCAUAGUGCAGGACUGACAAAGGGGAUGCAUGCCUACAGAAAAUUGCUUUAUGGAGUAAAUGAAAUUACUGUGAAAGUGCCUUCUGUUUUUAAGCUUCUAAUUAAGGAGGUUCUCAACCCAUUUUACAUUUUCCAGCUGUUCAGUGUUAUACUGUGGAGCACUGAUGAAUACUAUUAUUAUGCUCUAGCCAUUGUGAUUAUGUCUAUAGUGUCAAUUGUAAGCUCUCUGUAUUCCAUUAGAAAGCAAUAUAUUAUGUUGCACGACAUGGUGGCAGCUCACAGUACUGUGAGAGUUUCAGUUUGCAGAGUGAAUGAAGAAAUAGAAGAGAUCUUCUCUACAGACCUUGUGCCAGGAGAUGUUAUGGUCAUUCCAUUGAAUGGGACAGUCAUGCCUUGUGAUGCAGUUCUUAUUAAUGGUACUUGCAUUGUAAAUGAAAGCAUGUUAACAGGAGAGAGUGUUCCAGUGACAAAGACUAAUUUGCCAAAUCCUUCAGUGGACAUAAAAGGAAUGGGAGAUGAAUUCUAUAGUCCAGAAAUACAUAAACGACACACUUUGUUUUGUGGGACUACUGUAAUUCAAACUCGUUUCUACACUGGAGAACUUGUCAAAGCUGUAGUAGUUAGAACAGGAUUUAGUACUUCCAAAGGUCAGCUUGUUCGUUCUAUAUUAUAUCCCAAACCAACCGAUUUUAAACUCUACAGAGAUGCCUACUUGUUUUUACUGUGUCUUGUGGCAGUGGCUGGUAUUGGAUUUAUCUACACUAUCAUCAAUAGCAUUUUAAAUGAGGUAGAAAUUGGGGUAAUAAUUAUCGAGUCUCUGGAUAUCAUUACCAUUACUGUGCCACCUGCGCUUCCUGCUGCAAUGACAGCUGGUAUUGUGUAUGCCCAAAGAAGACUGAAAAAAAUUGGUAUUUUCUGUAUCAGUCCCCAAAGGAUAAAUAUCUGUGGACAGCUGAAUCUUGUUUGCUUUGACAAGACUGGAACUCUUACUGAAGAUGGUUUAGAUCUUUGGGGGAUUCAACGAGUGGAAAAUACACGUUUCCUUUUGCCAGAAGAAAAUGUUUGCAAAGAAAUAUUGGUAAAGUCUCAGUUUGUUGCUUGUAUGGCUACUUGUCAUUCACUCACAAAGAUUGAAGGAGUGCUUUCUGGUGAUCCACUUGAUUUGAAAAUGUUUGAAGCCAUUGGAUGGAUUCUAGAAGAAGCAACUGAAGAGGAAACAGCACUUCAUAAUCGAAUUAUGCCCACUGUGGUUCGUCCAGCGAAACAGCUGCUUCCUGAAUCCACACCUGCAGGAAACCAAGAAAUGGAGCUGUUUGAACUUCCAGCUAUUUAUGAGAUAGGAAUUGUUCGCCAGUUCCCGUUUUCUUCCGCUUUGCAACGUAUGAGUGUGGUUGCAAGGGUGCUGGGGGAUAAGAAGAUGGAUGCCUACAUGAAAGGAGCACCUGAGGUCAUUGCCAGUCUUUGUAAACCUGAAACAGUUCCUGUUGAUUUUGAAAAAGUUUUAGAGGAUUACACUAAACAGGGUUUCCGUGUGAUUGCUCUUGCGCACAGAAAAUUAGAGUCAAAACUCACAUGGCAUAAAGUACAGAAUAUCAGCAGAGAUGUCAUUGAAAACAACAUGGAUUUUAUGGGAUUAAUUGUAAUGCAGAACAAAUUAAAGCAAGAAACCCCUGCAGUACUUGAAGAUUUGCAUAAAGCCAACAUUCGCACUGUCAUGGUCACAGGUGACAAUAUGUUGACUGCUGUUUCUGUGGCCAGAGACUGUGGAAUGAUACUACCUCAGGAUAAAGUUAUUAUUGCUGAAGCAUUACCUCCGAAGGAUGGGAAAGUUGCCAAGAUAAACUGGCAUUAUGCAGACACCCUAACACAGUGCAGUAAUUCAUCAGCAAUUGACUCAGAGGCUAUUCCAAUUAAACUGGUCCAUGAUAGCUUAGAGGAUCUUCAGGUGACUCGUUACCAUUUUGCAAUGAAUGGAAAAUCAUUUUCAGUAAUAUUAGAACAUUUCCAAGACCUUGCUCCUAAGUUGAUGUUGCAUGGCACUGUGUUUGCUCGUAUGGCACCUGAUCAGAAGACACAAUUAAUAGAAGCAUUGCAAAAUGUAGAUUACUUUGUUGGGAUGUGCGGUGAUGGUGCAAAUGAUUGUGGUGCUUUGAAGCGGGCACAUGGAGGCAUUUCGUUAUCAGAGCUCGAGGCUUCAGUGGCAUCUCCCUUUACCUCCAAAACUCCUAGUAUUUCCUGUGUGCCAAACCUUAUCAGGGAAGGCCGUGCUGCUUUAAUGACUUCUUUCUGUGUGUUUAAAUUUAUGGCUUUGUACAGCAUUAUACAGUACUUCAGUGUUACUCUGCUAUAUUCCAUCUUAAGUAACCUAGGAGACUUCCAGUUUCUUUUCAUUGAUCUGGCAAUCAUUUUGGUAGUGGUAUUUACAAUGAGUUUAAAUCCUGCCUGGAAGGAACUAGUGGCGCAAAGACCACCCUCAGGUCUUAUAUCUGGGGCCCUUCUCUUCUCCGUUUUGUCUCAGAUCAUCAUCUGCAUUGGAUUUCAAUCUUUGGGGUUUUUUUGGGUCAAGCAGCAACCUUGGUAUGAAGUAUGGCAGCCACAGUCAGAUGCUUGUAAUACAACGAGAAGCCUAUAUUGGAAUUCUUCACAUUUGUACAAUGAAAGCAAUGUUGAUACACAUAAUAUUCAAAAUUAUGAAAAUACCACAGUAUUUUUUAUCUCCAGUUUUCAGUACCUCAUAGUGGCAAUUGCCUUUUCAAAAGGAAAACCCUUCAGGCAGCCUUGCUACAAGAAUUAUUUUUUUGUUGUGUCUGUGAUGAUUUUGUAUGUUUUCAUAUUACUCAUCAUGUUGCAUCCAGUUGCCUCUAUUGACCAGGUUCUUCAGAUAGUGUGUGUACCAUAUCAGUGGCGUAUAACUAUGCUCAUGAUUGUUCUUGUCAAUGCCCUUGUAUCUAUCAUGGUGGAGAACUUCUUCCUUGACAUGGUCCUUUGGAAAGUUGUGUUCAAUCGAGACAAACAAGGAGAAUAUCGCUUCACCAGCACACAGCCACCACAGGAGUCAGUGGAUCGGUGGGGGAAAUGCUGCUUGUCCUGGGCCUUGCGCUGUAGAAAGAAGAUACCAAAGGCAAAGUACAUGUAUCUGGCUCAGGAGCUCUUGGUUGAUCCAGAAUGGCCACCAAAACCUCAGACAACAACAGAAGCUAAAGCUUUAGUUAAGGAGAAUGGAUCAUGUCAAAUCAUCACCAUAACAUAGCAGUGCAUCACUGUUGGUGGUAUGCUAGUAGCAGGAGAAUGUAAUUUUAGGACAUUCUGAUCCUUUGUGUCAGAAUGGCACCAAUUCAAUUUAUGUCCCUUCUAGUACAGUAGCUGAUAGAGAGCUUUUUUUUCCUU